UGCGCUUCGGGACACGUUUCGCUGUUGCUCAAGUGUCUGCUGAGCUCUCUUCCGGUGCUGUCCACUUUCUUUGUCGGAAAGAAACAAUCAUUAAAAAAGUGUUUUUCUUCUCCUCGGCUGCUGCGACAUGGCGGGAAACUUCUGGCAAAGUUCUCAUUAUUUACAGUGGGUGCUGGAUAAACAGGACCUGAUGAAGGAGCGACAGAAGGACCUGAAGUUUCUCACAGAGGAGGAGUACUGGAAACUGCAGAUCUUCUUUGCCAAUGUGAUCCAGGCUUUAGGGGAACACCUGAAGCUGAGGCAGCAGGUGAUCGCCACUGCAACCGUCUAUUUCAAACGCUUCUAUGCCAGGUAUUCCCUGAAAAGUAUAGACCCAGUGCUUAUGGCACCUACUUGUGUUUUCCUUGCUUCCAAAGUUGAGGAAUUUGGAGUUGUAUCCAAUACCAGGUUGAUCUCUGCAGCAACAUCUGUGUUAAAGACAAGAUUUUCCUAUGCCUUCCCAAAGGAGUUUCCUUACAGAAUGAAUCAUAUAUUAGAAUGUGAGUUCUACCUUCUGGAGUUAAUGGACUGUUGCCUGAUCGUCUACCACCCGUACAGACCACUGCUGCAGUAUGUGCAGGAUAUGGGACAGGAGGAUAUGCUGCUGCCUCUGGCCUGGCGAAUAGUGAAUGACACGUACAGGACUGAUCUGUGUCUGCUCUACCCUCCCUUCAUGAUCGCCCUGGCCUGUCUGCAUGUUGCCUGUGUGGUUCAGCAGAAAGAUGCCAGGCAGUGGUUUGCAGAGCUCUCUGUUGACAUGGACAAAAUCUUGGAGAUCAUCCGUGUGAUUCUGAAGCUCUACGACCAGUGGAAGAACUUUGACGACAGGAAGGAAAUCGCUGCUGUGCUCAACAAGAUGCCUAAACCCAAACCUCCUCCUAACAGUGAGAGCGACCAGAGCUCCAACGGGAACCAAAGCAACUCUUACAGCCAGUCUUAGCGCGGGGUCUGCGUUUCGACGGGCAUCAGUAGUCUUGAUAUCGAGAGGGGUGGUUAAACAAAAUGCCACACAGCACAAACUUUGCGAUGUCUGUUUGGAAAAAUCCCUGACCGAGAUGUCUCCUCAUCUUAAAUGGAAACCCCCCCAUCAAACUCAAGAGAGCCAUAACCUCACUUUCCCCUUCUCUGAUCAAUAUGGGUUAAUGGAUCGAACAUUGAACAGAUAGUGUCAGGAGCUUAAUCGUCUCGAUGAGGCCGCGCUCCUCUGCUGCAGACUUGAAAUGAACUGAAACUGACGAACAUUUUGUGGGAGGGGAAAGCCAGGAAUAUGGGGGGUUUAAACUUUGUCAUUGUGAUGAUCCUGACGUCCUUGAACAGCCCAGGAGAGCGAGUCCUUUCAUAUGCUGCUCCCUGGGAUUAGAGAAAAAAACUUGAUCACUUGUACUGUGUGUGUGUGAGUGUGUGUAAUACGUCAGCAGCCAGUCUGUGUGGGUUUUCAUUCCUCAGGGACUAUAGUGCAGUAGUCUUCUCUGUACAGUUAUUUGAUCCUGUGCAGUUGCAUCCCUGUGCAACUGUGAUGUGAUUGGACGCCCCUGUGCUCCGAUGGUCGAUCGUGAAAAUCCCCAAAGCGGCUUGUUUUAGACUCUACUCUUUUGAAUCAUGAUGCCUCCACCUCCUUCCUCCCUGUUGUAAAUAGGUUUGUAAUCCAUUAAUUUUAUCUCUGUUGUGUCUUUGCCUUAUUAAGGAAACUUUGAUGGAAAUCAUGUGCCGGUUUAGCUUCGUGCUCUCGCUUAAUAUGAAAGUGCCCCAAUUAAUUUACCAUCAUGAUUCACUUAUUAAAGCUGAUUAUUUUUAUUGUAAAUAAUUGUCCCGUUAUUCUGCUUUAGUUGUAGAACUCGUGCAAAGUGACCUUUUUUUUGUUUGUUUAUUUAGCUGAGGCUCUUUUGGGGGGUAAAUGCAAAUUACAAUCGUUUUAGAUUUGUCUAUAAACUGGGUUGUAAAUUCUUAUUUUUUAAUUUACCUUCUGCCGUUUAUUUAAUCACUGAAUUGUGGCUGUGUGUGUGUGUGAGUGUGUGUGGCUGCACUCCAAAGGUGCUCGAAAGCCUAACAAAAUAAAAGCUGCUGGUCACAGAGGAAACCCUUCAUAACAGCACAUUGUAAAUGUAUUUUAGGGUUCAUGUAUUAAUUUGACUCGCUGUCAUUCUUUCUCUUGUCUACUUUUCCCACAUUAACGGGGAUAUAAACAUCUUGUUAAAGGCCACUCCCGUGUAACUACUGAGGACACAGAAGUGAGACAGUGAUUCCUUGAAGCGAGUUCGAUCCCGCCUCCCUCUGACAUUUUCCUCCCCUGUGGCAUUCUCCAUCUGUUACAUGACUUUUUCUUGUGAAUGGGCAUAAAAAAUUAAAAAGGGCUCAACCCGGCUUAAGGAAUCCUACUGAUUCUAAUUUUAAAGAAUUACCCCAAAAUUAAUUUUACUUGAAAGUCCAAUGUUGGAUCAUAUUUUGAGGAUCAUUUAUGAUAAUAAAAUGUAUGAUGUGAUGAAACAAA